GGUUUGGGACAAAGGAAAGCCGGGAAGAGGCGCGGUAACCCCCUUCUCGUCUCCUGUGCCCGACCCCUCCCGGGACCCGUGAUGCAGAGGCAGCUGCAAGGAGCGACGUACGGUCGGGGUUGAGCCCCAAGUGAGCUGAGGGCUCGCGCUCUUCUGGCCCUCCCCCCCCCGGGCCCGCCCCACUUGAAGAAAUGAGUGGUGGAUUGGCCCCAAGUAAAAGCACAGUGUAUGUAUCCAAUCUGCCCUUUUCCCUGACCAACAAUGACUUAUAUCGGAUAUUUUCCAAGUAUGGCAAAGUUGUAAAAGAGGGAGUCAGUAGAGAAGAGGAAUUAUGCUUAAUCUUCAAGAUUCCAUUGUCUCUUGUAAUCUCAACGUCAUCUUCAACUUCUGAUUAAUGUUUGACUUAUCAGAUACUCCUAAUUAUAGCUGUGUUCACUUGUGGUUACUAUAAUGAAAGAUAAAGAUACCAGGAGGAGUAAAGGGGUUGCAUUUAUUCUAUUUUUGGAUAAAGACUCUGCACAAAACUGUACCAGGGCAAUAAACAACAAACAGUUAUUUGGUAGAGUGAUAAAAGCAAGCAUUGCUAUUGACAAUGGAAGAGCAGCUGAGUUCAUCCGAAGACGAAACUACUUUGAUAAAUCUAAGUGUUAUGAAUGUGGGGAAAGUGGACACUUAAGUUAUGCCUGUCCUAAAAAUAUGCUUGGAGAACGUGAACCUCCAAAGAAGAAAGAGAAAAAGAAAAAAAAGAAAAUUCCUGAGCCAGAAGAAGAAAUUGAAGAAGUAGAAGAAAGUGAAGAUGAAGGGGAAGAUCCUGCUCUUGACAGCCUCAGUCAGGCCAUAGCUUUCCAGCAAGCCAAAAUUGAAGAAGAACAAAAAAAAUGGAAACCCAGUUCAGGAGGUCCUUCAACAUCAGAUGAUUCAAGACGCCCAAGGAUAAAGAAAAGCACAUACUUCAGUGAUGAGGAGGAACUUAGUGAUUAAAAAUAUAAAUAUAUAUAUUAUAUAAAUAUCAUUAAAAUUUAAGUCUUGGAGUACCAAGUUCCCUUGGGACUAAAAAUUACUUUUGAAUUUGAACAUAAGAACACUUAGUACCAAAUACUUUUUUACUUUAGAUAGUUGAUAGGAAAUGGUAAUUUUAUAGUAUCAUGUUUAUCUUGCAUCAAGAUUUGCUAAUAAUCAUUAAUCUUGAAAACAGUUCAUUUGAAUAAAAAAGGAAAUGUAAUACUAUUAUAACAAUGCUAUCCCAAGAAGAAAGUCAAAGUCGCUCAGUCCUGUCUGACUCUUUGUGACCCCAUGGACUAUACAGUCGCAUGGAAUUCUCCAGGCCAGAAAUACUGGAGUGGGUAGCCUUUCCCUUCUCCAGGUGAUCUUCCCAACCCAGGGAUCAAACCCAGGUCUCCCACAAUGCAGGCGUAUUCUUUACCAGCUGAGCCAGAAAGAUAGAUAGUAAAAAGAUUUGAGAAGUUCAUUAUAAAAGUUUAUUCAUGAUUGGUUUAUAUAAGAACUUUUGAAAUAAAUUUCAUCUUUAAAAUAAAAACUUCAUAAAGACUGUGGAAAGUUUGGAGUGAUUUAUUGUUAUUCAUGUUAAUAAAGUUUUCUCAAGAGAACUUUA